GGCAGAGGUACCAUCACUAUAUAAGCCUUCUCGCCCGGCGGAGCACACAGCCGUCAGCCUGACACAGCCGUCAGCCUGACUAGUAAGACAUGAGGACAAUCCUGGUAGUCGUUGUGCUGGGUUGCGUCAACGCGGCCUGCUGCAGGCAGCUUCUCGACGCAGCCACAAGGGAGAACCAAGCCUGCCAGUGCGGCGUGGCCAACCCCACGCGCAUCGUGGGCGGGACGGAGGUAUCCCCCGCCCACAAGUACCCGUGGCAAGUAGGCCUUGGGAAGGACGGCUACUACGGUUACAGCUGCGGGGGAUCUAUCAUCAACAACCGCUACGUUCUGACGGCUGCCCACUGCUUCUUCGACCAGUACGGAAACCGCCUCUCGGACGAGGGGCUCGUAGUCGGCGUUGGCGACCACGUCAUGACCUCGUCGGACGAUGACGUGGCAGGAGCAACCAAGUUCAUCCCGGUGGCUAAAGUCAUCCUUCACGAGAACUACAAGCCAAGUGCAUAUGACUACGACAUCGCGCUGCUGCAGCUGAGUCAGGUGCUAGAUCUGGCGAGUCAGAAGCAGGUUCGGGCCGUGUGCCUGCCCGACGACGACUCCAAAACCUACGCAGGUGUGGACGCCGUCGCCUCGGGGUGGGGUGCCCUGAAGGAGAACGGCUCCCAGCCAGACGCGCUGAGGGAGGUCACGCUGCCCAUCCUGGACCCUAGCUGCUGGGGCAAGUCGGUGACCGAAAGGAUGCUGUGCGCAGGAUACAAGGAGGGCGGCAAGGACACCUGCCAGGGAGACUCCGGAGGACCUCUGUGUGUGAAGGAGAGCAGCAAGUUUGUCCAAGUUGGAGUAGUGUCCUUUGGCGACGGCUGCGCCAAGGCUGGGAGUCCAGGUGUCUAUGCCCGAGUGUCCAAGUUCCUGGCGUGGAUCAAGACGAAAACAGCGGACGCCACCUACUGCGGAGCGUAAUUUCUGCAAGUAGACGACUGUGUCGACUUUCCUCGGAUCAGUGUUAUGAAAGGAUAGAAUUCAAGAUAGGUCACGAUCUUUGAAAAAUAUGAAUGUUGCUUGGAUAAUCGCUUUUCUAUUCCAGUAUCAUCGAUGUCAGAUGACCUUUUGUUAAAAAGCACUGAAAUUUUGAUUAUUCUAAAACAUAUAACUUGAAGAAAAGGCAGUCACUUAUAAGCCGUUUUCAGUUUCUUUGACAUGAUUAUAGUAAAACCAUUUCCUGA